AUGCUACCGCAGAACCGGGAAUGUACAUGGUGGCCAGCCCUUGCGUCGAGCUUGCUUACAGCAGCAUCUCUAUUCAAAACAAGCAGCAAGGAACUAUAUAGACAACCUUUAGAAUGCCUAAUUGCAGCAUUGCCUCUCAUCAUUGUUGGCAACCUGGCUAUAACUUUAUUCAACAAUAGGAAUGGCUACGGUAGUUUGCCAUUAAUUAUCAGAUGCUUGGCCAGUGGUUUGGUUUUGACCGCUGUGAUCCACGGGUUCACUGUCCUCCUAGGAGCUUCUCUCGUAGACAAGUUCUGGAGCACGUUAUCGUUUUCAGCACUAGUUGCGAAUAUUACUGUCUUCUCUGUGGUGAAUCAGUUGGGAAUCACACAGUCGGAACUCUAUGUGCGCGUAUUCAUGCAACACCGCCCGUCAAGCAACGCAGAGGUGGCGGCAUAUAUGCAGACAAUCAGCAUCUUGAUUGGUGCUUGGCUAGGUGCUAUUGUGAUUCCAUUGGAUUGGGAGCGUCCAUGGCAACGGUGGCCUGUGUCUUGCGUACUAGGCGCCUUGCUGGGACAAGCUGUGGGAGCAGUAGGAACUAUUGUGCUGUACUUGAUGCCAGAAAGCGAAGAAGACAAACGCAAAGACGAAUAA